AUGUGCAUCGUCGACUCGACAGAUAUGCAGCUUGAAGAAAAAGUGAAAAUCCUAAGAGAUUUGAUAGCAGCAAAAAUUCGGUUCUAUAGAUCGUGGCUCCUGGUGAUCGACAAUGUUACUGAUAUGUUGAAUAUACGUGAUUUCCUUCCUCAGCCUGGAAACGAACAAUGGACCAAAGGCCAAUUGCUCAUCACAACACAGAUCACUUCAUCCAUCCCUUCUGACAACUCCUUUGUUUCGCACAUUUCCGUGAGCAGAGGUAUGAAGCCGACUGAUGCACGUUCCUUUUUAACAAAGAUCUCUGGCAUAAAAAAAGAUGGAAUGGAAGAUAAGGUUGCAAAGGCGUUAGAUUACCAACCUCUGGCUUUGGCAAGUGCGGGUGUCUACGUCAAAAAGAUCCGUGAACGUGUAGUUGGUAGAAAAUUCGGCUGGAAAGAGUAUCUAACAAACCUAAAAACCGGUAUGCGGGCCGUAACCGAAAGGGAACUAGCACGGACCAACUCGAGCUACAGUGCAUCUAUGACUGCAGCAACAAGACUGGCCAUUGAAAGAGCGAUGAACAAUAACGACGUUGUGAAAAGCGCAUUUACUCUCCUCUCCCUCGGUGCUCUUCAGCCCUUGCAUCUCGACAUCGUUACCAAUUACAUUUUGAAUGAUAACAAGCACUUGGAUAAACAAGAAGCUGCUCUCGAGAUCCAAGGCUAUUCGUUGCUGAUGCUCGAAAAAAGACAAAACGGCACUUUCAUUAGUGUGCAUCAAGUAGUACAUGACGUCAUGAAAUCUGCAAUCAAGGAAUUACGAGAGCGCAAUAGACAUGUCCAAGCUGUUGCUGUUGCUUUAAAAUCAUUCAAUCAAUUCAUAGAAAUCAACCUACCACGUACUUUGUGCAAAGGGGACUGUGUUGCUGACAGCAAGCAUCUCGUUCCACACUUGAACGUACUUGUUCCAGAAAUUGGAAACGUUUCUCUUACCGAAUAUGAAACUCAAGUCAUCGAAGAAGGAAUUUUCAACGAUUCCAAUGCAUUAGAAUCAGAUUUAAGCAAACUGGGAACAAUUUGUCUAAAUCACUGUGAAUUACCUGGCGCUAAAGCAUACUAUGACAUAGCUUUGAAACUAGUUGAAAGAAGGGGGACUGAUGUAGAUCUUGCUUAUAGCUACAGCCAGUUAGGUAUUGUACUCUUGCAAAUGGGUGAACUAAAACAAGCCAAAGUUCAUUUAAAACGUGCUCUGGAUAUUGAAUUGAAGAGGCAUGGACCCAAGCAUGUUAUGGUCGCGCGUACUUACCAUAGAUUGGGUAUGGUCCAUCGUGCCUCAGGUGACCUAGAACAGGCCAAGGAGUAUCAUUAUCAAGCUUCAGAUAUUCGCCGGAACAAUCUUGGACCUGAGCAUGUCGAGAUGGCAAAUUCAUACCAUCAUUUGGCUAAUAUAGAAUAUCAGUUGAUAAAUCCACAAGAGGCAGAAAAGCUUUACAAACUCUCUCUAGACAUUCAGCAGAAAUGCCUUGGAGAAAACCAUUUCUAUGUGUCGUUUUCCUACGUUGGCCUGGGAAAUGUACAGCGAACACUAGGGAAUGCUCGAAGGGCCAAAAAGUUUUAUGAACGUGCUCUAGCCAUCAGGCUGGAAAAACUUGGACCUUGCCAUAUCGAUAUUGCUCAUAUUUACAGUAACCUGGGUCAUCUAGAGUAUGACUUAGGUGACUUGCAAACGGCUAAGAAUCUUUAUCAACGUGCACAAGAAAUCCUGGUGCAAAUGCUUGGACCUAGGCAUGUUGAGGUCACUAACAUGUGCCGUCUCUUGUCUAACGUAGGAUCGAAGUGA